AUGUAUAUAUAUAAUAAGCCACACGUCGACCCAGACGACGCAGAAACGGGAACAACGAACAACACAGAGCAGGCCUCUUCGUCAUCCCAUCUCCAUCAACUCAACUCGCCCCCCAGCCCCUCCACCUUCCCGCGGCGGCCCUCCAAUAUCUCCUCCACCGCCAAGGGCGCCAUAUCCAAUCGCCCCUCCAAGAGCAGGAGGCAUUCUCUCUCUUUCUCCCUCCCUCCCCUCUUCUUCCAACCACCGAACUCGUCGUCGGCCUCGCUCGUCCCCUCGACCGCCGAGGGUAAGCCGAUCCCCCUCGACGACUCUACCGCCGCGCACCGCACGUCGGCUCUACGCGAGCUGAACAGCAACUACCCGUCACCAGUCAACCGCCACCGCCACCGAUACGCCAAGUCGAGCGGUGCACAGAGCAGCACCUACUCGCAGCCCGUCAUCGUCCGCACCUACAGCGGGCCCUCGCCCUCGCAGGCCUCGUACAGCGCCCACUCAUACCACCACCGGCCGCCGAGCGCGACCCGAGGCGGCGGCUCGCGGAGGAUCCCCCUACCGCUGCCGGCCCGGGCCCACUCGUACCUCUCGGGAGGCCGCCCCGCCAAACCGACCAUAAGUGGGGCCGGUAGUUUGGGAACCGUCGGCGGCGCACCUCCUUCAGCGGGCAAACAUGGGCAGCACGUAGCCAACAUGCCACGCGCCCAUGCCAAGAAAAGCAAGCUGCCCUGGCAGUGGCAGCUGGGGUCGGCCCAGCCGCAGCAGGGGCAGCAGGGGCAGCAGGGGCACGACGAGGCCAAGCUCCCGCCCCUCGAGGCCUUCUCGUUCAAGAGCUUCAUGGCCGACUUCCAGGCCGAGGACGGCGGGGCCGGUGGGAGCAUCGGUGCCGACCUCGACCGCAUCGCCGAGAUCUGCGCGCGGUCGAGGUACAGCCUGAGCAACCAGUACGAGGUCCACGUCGCCCCGCACGGCUCCGGCUCCGCGUUCAUGAGCCCGGGGGUGUCGUCGUCGGCGGCGGCGGCGGGCGGGAGGAGGAAAGGCAACAACGGGACCCACGCGCCCAUGGGCAUGGGCGGCCCCACGCUCCAGGCCAUCAACUCGGACGACGACGACAACAACGGCAACGGCAACGCCGGCGGCCGGUCGCACCGCAAGCGGAGGAGCGGCGCGCGGCGCAGGAGCGUCGCGUACGGCACCCUGGAGACCAUCAUGUCCUCGAGCCGGUCCUCGGAGGAGGAGAAGGCCAAGAAGAAGAAGUCGGCCGCCGAGAUCGCCGACGAGGUCCGCGGCCGCGCGAUGCGCAAGGGCUCGGACCCUCCGGCCGCGGCGCCGCUGGCCGAGGAUUCCAAGAGCGGCAGCAGCGGUGGGACCAGCGGCUCCGUAGCUGCGCAGCCGGAGGGGCCGGGCGGGAGGGGCCUCGCCAGGAAGAAGUCGGCGUCCUUCGCCACGGCCGUCAUGGACAGCACCCGGCUGCAGCACACCACCCCCGCCGGCCAGAGGAAGAAGAAGAAGGGCGCGGCGACGAUGACGACCGCUACCACUACCGCCGCCGCCGCCGCCGCCAUCACCUCCUCGCCGCGCGGGUCGGCCGCCACGCUCGUGAGCGAGCCCGCCCUGCCGCAGACGUCGAUGGGCCACCUCGAGAUCCGGACCGCGCCCGAUGACGGGUCCGCGGAACCCCGAUGCCCCGAUGCCGUCGUCGUCGGCGGCCUGCUGCCCCGCCCGGAGGACCUCAGGCCGUCGGCGAGCGGCGGCUACGUGCCCGGCUGGAGCGCCUGGAUUCCGUGGCGGAGCGGUGGCGCGUCGGGGCCGAACCGGCGAGGAGGCGUCGGCGGCGGUGGCGCGAGCCACGCCGAGGGGAGUCUCCGCCAGCUGCUGAAGACAGUCGACGCCAAGGACAAGGGCAUGGACAAGGGCAAGGCGGUCGAUCGGGAGGACCCGGUCGGGAAGUCGCCGGAAGGUCCCUGA